AUGGAUACAUCAUCAUUAAGUAGACAUGAUUCAGAAAGUGAAUCCAAUAAUGAUAAUAAUGUAGACAGCGCGAAUCCUAGUAACCCAUUCGAAUUUAUCAUAACUCCUUCUAACACGAAUGAAACUAUUCAAAGCGAGGUCAACACGAAGAAAACUUCGUUAUCAAAACAAAACUCUCAAGUUAAUAUUUCCAAUCCAUUUGAAGAAAUUUCAACGGAAACAUCUCAUGACCAAACGCUUCCCAAUAACGAUUCAUCCAUUAUAGAAAUUCUCACACCCGCAAUUAUAAGAACAUCUCAGACAGAUAUUCCAACAAAUCCAUUUCAUGCAUUAAUUAAACAUAACAAUAAAAAUUCUUCUCUAGACCGAAAAGUGUGUGAAGAUACGGAUGAAAUAUCACCACCACCUUACCCUACAGAUUCAAAUACAAUUCCAUCACAUUCAGGAGAUCAUACCACGAUAACAUUCGCUUCUCCACCAGAUUAUGCAGAAACACUAAUCACCACACAGCCACAGCCUAUGCCACAACCUUCAAAUUAUAGAUCAUUAAGCGAUAUAUCGGCGAAUGGAUCACCCAAUGAUGAAUCCACUCAAUUAAAAUAUUGUAAGAUAUGUCAAGAAUCAGAAUCCUCAUCUUCACAAGAAGAAUCAGUAACUGAUUGUUCAUCAUACCGUAAGGGCAAAUUAAUUUCGCCUUGUAAAUGUAAAGGAUCUCUUCAAUAUGUACAUCUUGGUUGUUUAAAUCAAUGGCGCAACUCUAAUGUACGUGAAGAAGCGUCAUAUAGAUGUGAAGUAUUAAAAUUAUUUGAUGCUGAUAUCAUACGUGAAGAACCACAUGAUCCACCGGAAGAUAGAUGGCAAGACACUCCAUUUUUAUAUCUUCGUGUAAUUCAUUUUAUAAUUGGCAUUUCAAUAGUUUCAUCUUGGGGAUUAUUAUUUUUUAUGUGUUUGGUUUGUUUUAAUGGUCUUGUUCACACGAGACAUACUUAUUGUUAUUGUGGUGGAUGUAACGAUUCUUUUGGUUGUUCAGGUGAAAGUUGUGGAUCUGGAUGCGAUUGUGAUAGUGCGGGUGGGGAUUGUGGUAUUUUUCUGGUUAUAAUAGCUGCAAUUGUCUUAAUAGUUAUAUUUAUAUUGGGUCUUUCUUGUGCUAUAAUUGCUGCUUAUUUAUUCGUACAAAAAAUUACAUCAUUAUAUCUUGAAAAAAUUCAUGAACGUAUAGUGGAUAUAGCACCUGUUGUACCUUUCCCAACUUUCUUAUCAAUCAAUUUGCGAGAAGUUAUCUUGGAAACGAGUGGACUCGAUGCAACAUUCACAUACGUAUAUGAAGUUAAUUUUCGAAGAUAUCAUAUUGAGCGUAAAAAAAGCAAGAAAGCUCUUGGAAUGAAACGUUCUCUAAACAAUGAAGUAGCUGCGGAACCUUCAAAGAAGUUUGAUCUUGAAGAAAAUGUGAAGUCUUUGGGAGAUUGUCUUGAAGAAAAUCCGAUUAAUCAGACACCUGGUAGAAAACGAUUCUACUCAAUUUCAGACAUUCAAGAAAUCUUCGGAGACAACCAACAACAAUCCGCGCAAAAGACAAAGAUCUGCUACGCUAGAGUCAGUUCAGAACAUCAACGAGACGACCUUGAACGACAAAUCGAAUAUGAAAUCUUUAGCGACAUUAGUUCGGGGCUCAACUGGAAACACAGGGGUUUUGUUGCCCUUCUGGAACGAAUACACGCGGGAGGAAUCGAAGAAGUGGUGGUUACCCAAAAGCUUGUGGAAUGGAUCUUUGAGAAGAAUGAGACUCGGCUCGUGGUACUCGGUACAGAUAUCAGUGCCGAAAGUAGUGAAACCGGAGAACUUGCAGAAGACUUCACAUUCCAAGAAUUCCAAGAAGAAAGUGAAGAAACUUCUAGCAGGCAAGGUGCAACGGAUUCGCAUUUAUCUCAACCAGCAGGAGCGUCUGAAACUUAG